GCUGUAGUUCACAAUCAAACCGCCGUCCCAGGGCAGGCAUUCGCCAAGUUUCUCGGCUGUCAAAAGUAAAUAGUUCUUCCUCUUUUCGAUUCAAGAUCCCUGCUAAAUUCGAAAAAUGUUCAAAAAAUGUAAUUUUUUAAUGCUGAACCUUCUCCUGGCCGUCAGCGCGUUGGCGGAAUGGACCAACGACUACAUGAAGCGAGAACACUCCUUAAUAAAGCCAUACCAAGGAAAAGGUAUGAUGGUUCCGUACUGGGAUUUCCAGGGGGCGACCCUUGUUACGUCAAAUUACGUCAGGGUUACGGCUGACAGCCCUAGUAAGACAGGGUCUCUGUGGAAUUCUGUUCCAUGCAAUGUCGUCAGUUGGGAAAUGCAGAUCCAUUUCAAAAUCCAUGGCCAUGCCAAAGACCUGUUCGGCGACGGGAUGGCUUUCUGGUACACGAAAGACCGCAUGAACCCGGGGCCAGUGUUCGGUAGCCAAGAUUAUUUCUACGGACUUGCAGUCUUCAUAGAUACAUACAGCAACCACAACGGUGAACACAAUCACCAACAUCCAUAUAUAUCAGCAAUGGUUAAUAAUGGUACACUCCAUUAUGAUCAUGACCGUGACGGCACACACACCGCACUGGCAGGUUGUGAAGCGAAGCUUAGAAACGUUUAUUAUGACACAAACAUUGCGAUACGAUAUGAAAAGGACACGCUUACUGUUAUGACUGAUGUGGACAACAAAGGUGAAUUUAAAGAAUGUUUUAAAGUACCUGGGGUUAAAUUACCUACAGGGUACUAUUUCGGAGUUUCAGCAGCAACAGGUGAACUUUCAGAUAACCAUGACAUCUUGUCCAUGAGGCUACUAGAACUGGAUUCAUCUGAUGUGAUCAGUGGUGAGGACAGGUCCAAAAUCAUGCCUUUCGCUACUGUGUUUGAACCUCCAAGAGAGCGUGUCGAUGAUGAGAAACCAGCUUGGUCGGGUACGAAGACGUUCUUUGUCAUGCUUUUUGUCGCCCUUCUUUUAAUAGCGAUUGCAAUAGCAGGAAUCAGCUAUUACAAAGAUAGGCAGGAACAUUCGAAAAAACAUUUUUAUUAAAAGGAUAUCGCUGCAGGCCUUGUCUUGCUACACCUCAAAACAAAGACUGUUUUGUACCUUUUUUAAAAAUAUAAUGUGGGUGUAGAGAAAUCCAAAUUGCCUAAGUGUGAUAUUGUUUCAAUAAAAUCAGCUGGGAAUAAUUGUUACAAAACAAUUUUGAUAUUUUUUCUAAAGAAUAGUACACUUUAUUUGAGUAAUAGUUGGCCCGUUAAGGAAAUUUAAAGUAAGCGCAAAUGCCAAAUGAUGCUUUUCUCGUAUUAAGAAUUUAUUUUAUUUUUAUAGUUGUUUCUAGUUUUGCCUUUUGGCUAGUCUUUAAUCUUUGGUAUUUGCGCUGAAUAUUUUUUAAGAAUCGACUUCCUUUUAAUAAUCCAUAUUGUAUAGAAUAAUAAUUUAAAAUGUCACGACUCCAAGUAUGAAGUUCGGUGCUAGUCAGUAGCACUUAAUGGUAUAAUAAUAAAUUAUACUUGAUAUUUAUAAGGCCAAAUAUUUUAAAACAUAGCUGUGUGUCAAGGAAAUUCUGAAAAUAAUCACGUUAACUAAACUAUGUUGUAUGUUCAGAACCCACAAGGUUACAUUGUUCUUUGUUCAAAUAGGAUACAAUUUAUUUAUUAUAAAUUAAAAAUCAAAUUUUCAUUUUGCUCAUUGUUGUACAAAUUGUCCAUUUCAAAUUGAAGAACAUGUACCAAUGUAUGCGAGAGAAAUUCUAACUGCAAAUCUUUGUUAAGGUUUUGAAUUCUAAUAGAAAGAAUUAUAA